CGAAUCUUGACACUGGCCACAGUGGCCAUGCUGCGGCGAAGAGCGCUCGUCGUUGUGCUCACGGGCCUCGCCAGCAGCGUCAAUGCCGCGUACGACGUCAUUGUCAUUGGCAGCGGUCCCGGCGGCCUCGUCGCGGCCGAGUACCUGACGCGCGAUCCGGACGUCCAGCUCUUGUUGCUCGAAGCCGGCGGGCCUUCAGUGCGCGCGACGGGUGGCAACGACGUGCCAUCGUACGCCGCCACCGCCGGACUCACGCGCUUUGAUAUCCCCGGCGAGUACACGAGCGUGGCCUUUCAGCCCAGCAGCGUGUAUCGUCCCGACUGGAUCGCAUCGCCAGCGACGUACAUUGGCAAGGUCGUUGGCGGCUCGUCGUCGCUCAAUGGGAUGCUCUACUUCCGCCCCUCGGACGAUUACGUUGCGAGUGCUUCGUGGCCCAACGACAUCGCCGAGGUCCAAGCCGGCUUUGCAGCGAUUGAAGCCCACUUCAACUACACGUCGACGCCCUCGACCGACAAGAAGCGGUACCUUCAGGAAGCUUACACGAUCCUCGCCAGCAGCUUCUCGGCGCACGGCUUUAGCGAAAAACCGGAUCUCAACGCAGUCGCCGCGCGCAAUCGCAAGGCCAAGACGUUCGGGCACCCGCCGUUCGCGAUCAACGACGGCCUGCGCGCGUCGCCAGCCGCCACGCUCGUCGCCACGCUCAACGGUCGCCCCAAUUUUACACUCCGCACGUUUGCUACGGUGCAGCACAUUGUACAUGUCUCGGGUACGGCCUCCAGUGUGGUGUACAUGACAUCGUCGGGGCAAGCUACCGCGGCCCUCACGUCGCGGGGUGUCGUCCUAUUGGCGGCCGGCGCGCUCAGCACCCCCAAAGUACUCAUCCAGAGCAACAUUGGUCCGCGCGCGCAGCUGACGCUUCUUCACAUGACGCCGUCAUUGGUACGAGACGCGGUGACGCAGGACGCAUCGACGUGGGUGCUCAACGAGAACGUCGGCGGCUCGCUCUUUGACACGGCCGAAGUGAUGCUGACACUCGAUCACCCGGAGAUGGUCACAUACACGCACGGAUCCCCGAGCGCGAGCGAGCUCUCGCUCUUUCUUUUGCAGCGAUCGGGGCCGUACGCCAGUCCCGACCCCGUGUUCAUCGGGUAUGACGACGUGCUCAUCAACGGUCGGCGCUACGAGUGCCAAAUCACCGGCUUUUGCCACGGCUUCCAGAGUGGCGCUUCGUCCACCAACUAUGGUCUUGCGAUAUAUCUCAACAACCCACAGUCGCGCGACGCGGCGGCGUUCGCACCGGACGGAGCGUGGCGCGGCGACAGCGCCAAGUCGCUGUACCUCAGGAUCGCUGACGACGCAGCCGCCCUCGGCCAGUGUACGACCAACGUCCUUGCAAUGCUGUCGCAAGCCAACUCGACGCCGGUCGUGCCGGAUACCAAGGCCAAUGUCUCGCAGUGGACGACGACGCACGUGGCCGGGACGAAUCACUAUGGCGGCAGCUGCUACGCGUCGCGCGACGACCGCGACGACCGCCGGUGCAGCGAUGGCCAGCUCCGCGUGCGUGGCACGCGCAACAUCUACCUCGGCGACGCUAGCGUCAUGAAGGAAGGGACGGUCAAUCCAUGCGGGUGGGUCAUGUACGUCGGGUACCAAGCAGCCGUCAACAUUCGAGCUCAGUGGGGUACACCCAUGCCGCUGACAUCUGCGCCCUUGACGCCGUCGGCAGCAGCGUCAUUCGCAUUUGUCAGCACCAGCGUACUGACGCUGUGGUCGCUAGGGGCGGUAUAUUAACCUAACAAGUGGUAUAUCAGCGUGUA